CUCCGUGCGGAUCCCCGAACGUGCGGAUCCCCGAGCGUGCGGGCGGCGGUGCGGCCGUGGUCCUGCAACUGCGACCGAAUCUCUGCCCUGAGACGUCCUUGAGCGGAGAAGCAUGAAUCGCAGCCGCCAAGUGACGUGCGUGGCCUGGGUCCGCUGCGGUGUGGCCAAAGCGACUCCAGACAAGGUAGAGCUGAGUAAAGAAGAAGUAAAACGUCUCAUUGCUGAAGCAAAAGAAAAAUUACAAGGAGAAGGUGGCAGUGACGAAGAAGAGACAGGCAGUCCUUCAGAAGAUGGCAUGCAGAGUGCACGCACACAGGCGCGACCAAGGGAGCCCCUGGAGGAUGGCGACCCAGAGGAUGACAGGACACUAGAUGAUGAUGAGCUGGCCGAGUACGACUUAGAUAAAUACGAUGAGGAGGGUAACCCAGAUGCUGAGACUCUUGGUGAAUCUCUGUUGGGUCUUACAGUGUAUGGGAGUAAUGAUCAAGAUCCUUAUGUUACUCUGAAAGAUACGGAACAGUAUGAACGUGAUGAUUUCUUGAUUAAGCCCAGUGACAAUCUCAUUGUUUGUGGCCGAGCUGAAAAGGACCAGUGCAAUUUAGAGGUGCAUGUUUAUAAUCAAGAAGAAGAUUCUUUUUAUGUACACCAUGAUAUACUUUUGUCUGCAUAUCCUCUGAGUGUGGAAUGGCUGAGUUUUGAUCCCAGCCCAGAUGAUUCUACUGGAAGUUAUAUUGCUGUGGGAAACAUGACCCCCGUUAUUGAAGUAUGGGACCUUGAUAUAGUGGACUCUUUAGAGCCAGUCUUCACACUUGGAAGUAAACUUUCAAAAAAGAAGAAAAAGAAAGGAAAGAAGAGUUCCUCAGCAGAAGGGCAUACCGAUGCUGUCCUUGACCUCUCGUGGAAUAAGUUAAUCAGAAGUGUGCUGGCAAGUGCAUCAGCUGACCACACUGUGAUUCUGUGGGACAUGUGCUUAGGGAAACCAGCAGUUAACCUUGCUGUACACACAGACAAGGUCCAGACUCUGCAGUUUCAUCCAUUUGAAGCACAGACUCUGAUUUCUGGAUCAUAUGAUAAGUCGGUGGCUUUGUAUGACUGCCGAAGUCCAGAUGAAAGCCAUCGAAUCUGGCGGUUCAGUGGGCAGAUUGAGAGAGUGACUUGGAAUCACUUUUCACCUUGUCAUUUUUUGGCCAGUACGGAUGACGGCUUUGUAUAUAAUUUGGAUGCACGUUUAGAUAAGCCAAUUUUUACACUUAAUGCACACAAUGAUGAAAUCUCUGGUCUUGAUCUAAGCAGUCAAAUCAAAGGCUGUCUUGUGACCGCUUCAGCAGACAAAUAUGUGAAGAUCUGGGACAUAUUAGGAGAUAGGCCAAGUUUAGUUCAUUCUAGGGACAUGAAGAUGGGAGUUCUCUUCUGUUCUGCAUGUUGCCCUGAUUUGCCAUUUAUUUAUGCCUUUGGAGGUCAGAAGGAAGGGCUUCGGGUCUGGGAUAUAAGCACAGUCUCUUCAGUAAAUGAAGCAUUUGGAAGACGAGAGAGGCUUGUUCUCGGCAAUACAAGAAAUUCAUCUAUCAGGGGCCCUUUUGGGAGCAGGAGCUCAGAAACACCAAUGGAAACUUAAUGAAGAUUAUAUAAUUUCCUGUUUUGUUUACCUUAACUCAGAGUUUUUAAAGUUGGAAUAAAAAUGUUUCAUGUGUAGCCAUGCAGAGUGAUGGAAACAAAAUCCA